GGGAGAGAUAAGGGGAGAGUGAGGAAGUGAGAGAGAUGGAAAGAGAGUGUGAGAGAGGGAGGGGGUGAGGCUGAGGCAGUCACUGUGAGAGGGAAGAUUCCAGCGUGAUGCUGUUGGAUGUGAGCUGCUCUCCUCUAACCGGUCUCUGGCUGUCCCUUUGACUGAGCCAGUGGUGUGUGAGUCUGGUAACUAAGCUCUGGGGGCUCUGCUGCUGCUCGGGCUGAGGCAGAAGCUGACUGGCUGGUUCCCUGCCUGGGCCGUCUGGAGCAGAGAGGGGUUUGACCGGAACCGAGGUCCAGGGCAGGGCAGGGUAGGGCUGGCUGUAGGGCCGUCUGUGCCGGGGCCCCACAGGGAGCAAACAUGAGCGUUCCCAUGCUAAAGAUCGGGGCGGUGCUCAGCACCAUGGCCAUGGUGACCAACUGGAUGUCUCAGACUCUGCCCUCUCUGGUGGGACUCAACGGGACCACCAUCUCCAGAGGGGGCACCUCGGAGAGGAUUGUCAGCGCUCUGUACCCAAGCCCAGAGGAGGGCUGGCAGAUCUACAGCUCAGCACAGGACGCAGAUGGGAAGUGUAUCUGUACUGUGGUCGCACCAGCCCAGAACAUGUGUAACCGCGACCCACGCAGCAGGCAACUUCGCCAGCUCAUGGAGAAGGUUCAGAACAUUAGCCAGUCAAUGGAGGUGCUGGACCUGCGAACAUACAGAGAUCUACAGUAUGUAAGGAACACCGAGAGCCUAAUGAAAGUGGUGGAUGGAAAGCUGAAGGUGGCCUCUGAAAAUCCCCGCAGUCUCAAUCCGAAGGGCUUUCAGGACUUGAAAGACAAGGUGACCCAGCUGCUCCCCCUGCUGCCAGUGCUAGAACAGUACAAGACGGAUGCCAAGAUGAUCCUGCGACUUCGGGAGGAGGUGAGGAAUCUGUCCUUGGUGCUGAUGGCCAUCCAAGAAGAGAUGGGUGCCUAUGAUUAUGAGGAGCUGCGCCAGAGAGUCUUGCUGCUGGAGACCAGGCUCCACUCCUGCAUGCAGAAAUUAGGCUGUGGAAAGCUGACGGGCGUCAGUAAUCCCAUCACGGUACGCGCAUCGGGGUCAAGGUUCGGCUCCUGGAUGACAGACACCAUGAUCCCCAGCUCAGACAACAGAGUGUGGUCCAUGGAUGGUUACUUCAAGGGACGUCGUGUCCUGGAAUACCGCACAAUGAAUGAUUUCAUGAAGGGCCAGAACUUUGUGCAACACUUGCUGCCUCACCCCUGGGCAGGCACUGGUCAUGUGGUCUACAAUGGCUCGCUGUACUACAACAAGUACCAGAGCAACAUCAUCAUCAAGUACCACUUCCGUUCACGGAGUGUGCUGGUGCAGCGCAGCCUGAGUGGGGCCGGCUAUAACAACACCUUUCCCUAUUCCUGGGGUGGCUCCUCUGACAUCGACCUGAUGGCGGAUGAGAAUGGCCUGUGGGCAGUAUACACAACCAUCCCUAAUGCUGGGAACAUUGUCAUCAGCCGCCUGGAGCCCCAGAGUCUGGAAGUGCUGCAGACUUGGGACACAGGCUUCCCCAAGCGCAGUGCAGGAGAGUCUUUCAUGAUCUGCGGUACACUUUAUGUUACCAACUCCCACCUGGCUGGUGCCAAGAUCUACUUUGCCUACUACACCAACACAUCGAGCUAUGAGUACACAGACAUCCCCUUCCACAAUCAAUACUCCCACAUCUCCAUGAUGGACUACAAUCCCAGGGAGAGGGUCCUGUACACCUGGAACAACGGACACCAGGUGCUCUACAAUGUCACACUGUUCCAGGUUAUUAAGACUUCUGGGGACUGAGAGCCCUCAGACUGACCCACUCAAAUUAUGCUGUGAUCAUUGUUCGGGGAGGGGCAAAUGAGCUGGGUGGAGGUGGGUGCAGCUUGUGGGUGGUGUGGGUUGGGGGGGCUUCAGUGUAUGGGCAUAGGCUUGGAUUUUUUUAAAGAAUUUCAGUCUUCAUAGAGUGCUAUUAUUCACAUUCUCAAAAAACACUCCGGCAGCAAGGUCGGUAAAGAUACAAAGACUGAGCGCUUCUCUUAUUUUUCUUCC